GGAGAAGAAGUGGGUUACAGUUGGCGACACAUCCCUCCGAAUCUACAAGUGGGUCCCCGUGACGGAGCCAAAGGUUGACGAUAAAAACAAGAAUAAGAAGAAGGGCAAGGAUGAGAAGUGCGGCUCCGAGGUGACCACGCCGGAGAACAGCUCCUCCCCUGGGAUGAUGGACAUGCACGAUGAUAACAGCAACCAGAGCUCCAUAGCAGACGCCUCCCCCAUCAAACAGGAGCACAGCAGCAACUGCAGCCCCGCCCCGGAGCCCGGCGUGGCGCUGCCCGGCGACGGCAGUGAAGCCAAGGCUGAAGAGGCGCAGGCGGACGGCAAGGAGCACCCGGGGGCUGAAGACGCUGCAGAUGAGCAGAGCUCACAGUUGUCGAUGGAAAACUCGGGCAGUGCGGACAAAGUGGAGCGGCAGCCGUCUGCGGAGUCGGGGCUGGCCACGGAGCCAUCCACAACCUCUCAGGAUCUGGAAGGGGGGCCACCCUCCAAGAAGCUGAAGCUGGAGGCCUCGCAGAACCCCGAGGAGAUGUAGGCGCCGGCUCCGUGUCCGGCCGUGUGUCCUGGCGGGGCACCCGCAGGCUGCUUCCUGAGCCUGCUGCCUGGGCGGCACCCUUGGGUGCGGACAGAACCACCCAGUUCCCAGUUUACCAAGGCGAAUCCAAGGACACUCGACCUGUGUGACUUCUCAGACACUGAAGACCUCUGCUGCGAAGCAAGACCCUCAGACCUUGAAGGGACCCUCCUCGGGGAGGCGGGCGACAGCUCAGGAGUCUGCACACUGUCCCGGGAGCCAAGAUGACGUUUGUGUUGCUGCUGUGUCCCCCUCUAUCUCACAAUAUAAGCUACGGGAGGGCGGCGCCCAUCAGGAGCCCGCUUCCUGUCGGGGGCUUUUCACUGUUCCACCGAUUCCUUCCGCUUUCUUUUUCUGUGCCUUGUGCCCUUGAGGUGACCUCUGGCAUGUCUACUGGUUGUUUUGCGUCUCCCUUUGCAAAGUGCCCUCUCGGCGGCUGCCACCUGACCCGCCUCCCCGCUCCCUGCCCUGGGACUGCUUCGGAGCUGGCAGGGCGGAGCUGCGGGGGAGCCGGGCGCCCCGAGCCCAGCCUGGCGCCCUGCUCCGCGCCUCGCCCUGGCCUGCCCGGGCCUUGGGUGCUGGGUGUUCCUAGGACUCAAGGAGCCCUUGGACGUCUCCGGCACUCCCGCACUCCUGUCCCCACCAGGGCUGCCGCUUCCGCCCUCUGCUGUCUCCUGGGUCGGAGCGGACACUGCGGCUCAUCUCCUGAGACAGCAUCAGGGCCGGGGAGGCCGGGAGCAGGUGGCAGGCCAAGCUGGUGCUGAACCCUCCUGGGCCGUCGCUGGAUUCAAGUCUGCGGGACCCGCCGCCCCAGCGCCCCUUCCCUCGUGCCCGCUUCGCGUGGUACUGACUCUCAGAGCGACGGCACUGGGGCUUACUCCCAGGACGAACCCUUGGUCUCAGCAGAGAGCAGCCUUGAUGAUUGGGCCUUAAAGGCCAGAAAAAGGCACCCAGGACUUGGGAAGCUUUGCACACCUUCUAGGAAGGAGCGCCCCACAGAAGAGCCCCCCGGUCCCCACCUCGCCCACACUGGGACAGCGUCCUGUCUCCGUGGAGAUGACGGAGCCAGCUGCCCAGCUGUCAGUUCUGGGGCCUGGUUUGCUCUCAUGACUGCAGACUCCUCGGACCCUCACCCUUUCCCUGAGCUUUCUUUACUGCACUGGAGUUCUGGCUCCCUUUGAGUUGUGUGUUAUGGGGGUGGGGGCUGCGGGUUUCGUUGUUUUGUUUUUGUUUUGUUUUGGGGCUAAAUUGGUGCAUAUUCAGGUACCACCUUUGCUGUGGGGCUCUUUCUCUGACCACCAUGGGAAGUGUCUGCCAGAUUCCAUUUUCUAAGAGUUUCUGAGGGCGAAGCUCCUAUUUUUUUUUUAAAGGGAGCCUAUCUAUUUCCUGCACUUCAAGAAGAAUCAGAAAUGUUCCUGAAUUUCAAAUACCUCAUGCAAAAUGUCUCCUGAAAUAAGGGAAAAAAAACUUUGAAAAUAUUCAUGUUGAAGUUAGCAAUGCUGAAAGAUUUCUGUCUUAAAAAAAAAAAAAUCCUUGUACUUCUCCAUCCUGCCCUCAGGCGGCCAGUUCUGCUGAGAAUUGCGACCUGGGUCUCGUCCCAGCUGUGACCCGACACGCGACCUGGUGACCCAUCUGAGGCUCGAGGCAGCUUGACCUCCAGAUCUCUUGGAGCUAGGGUGACGCCUUCAUUUACAGCAAAACCAUUUCGAGGCAAGACGAAUUGGGAUAUUUAUUUCUCUAGGGAAAUGAGAGGUGACAGCUACGGAGAGUCCCACACCUUAUCCACAGGGACAGCCAGCCAGCCGGGACCCCCUGUGCCUCUCUGGACAAGCAAGGGGGGCUGGCACAGUGGGGGAUGACAGUGACGAAGUCCAUGGUCCCCAGGCUGACCUUCGUUUCUCUCUGAAGUGCCUGUAGGUAGGAAUGGGCCAGCGGUAGGGACCAGCCAGGCCCUGCCACGGCCACGGCCAGGCCAGGCCAAGCGCCGGCAGCCCUGCUCGCCCUGCCGGCCGGACGCCUUCCACACGGAUCGGUGACACUGCAGAAAUCCAAUGUGCUUCCUUCCCAGCCACCCACACCCGGCGCCCCGUCCCCACCGCAGAACCUAAGAACUGGCCACGCCAGGGCGGAUCCUCGGGGACACCAGGCCCCUGGCCUACAGGGCCCCCAGGGCAAGCUCGAUCCCGGAGACUCUGAGUUGGAGAGGCUGCGGCUCCAUGUCCCAGAGUGCUGGCCCCAGCCCUGGAGCCCCAGGCGGGGGCCCGCUCCUCCUAGGCGGUGACCGCCAUCCUCAGGGGGCGUCAUGUUGGGGAUGUUCCUUAGCGCCGAGGACCUGCUUAGAGGGAUAAAGACCUUCUUUUCACCGUUACUUCAUUUUUUUUUUUCUUCUUCGGUUUUUUUUUUUUUUUGGUGUGUUGUACAGCAGUAUAAUUUUUCACUUAUUUAUUCCAUCAGUAGAUAUGGUUUGUACAAUGUACAAUGGUUCCAUUUCAGAAAAUAAAAUUCAAAUCAUGAGUA